AGAGUUUAUAGUAUGUUUGAUUCUAGUCGAAUCUAAUGUUCUGUGUAAAUUGCAUCAUUUUCUAUUGAACCUGUUCAAUAUCUUGUAAGAACGUUAACGCAUGGUAUUCAACACUUACGUACUUAAGUCAGAUUUUGUUGGAACUUGUAACUUUAACAAAAUGGCAACAGAAAGGAAGGGGACAUUUAAAGUAGAAUAUCUUCAAAAAAUUGAGAGAGAUGUGCAAACAAAAUGGGAAGCUGAGAAAAUAUUUGAGGCAGAUGCACCUUUGGAGCCAAAGACAAAUUCUGACGAAAAGUUUCUUGCAACAUUUCCUUUUCCUUACAUGAAUGGAAGACUUCAUCUUGGUCACACAUUUUCAUUAUCAAAAUGUGAGUUUGCGAUAAGGUACAACCGUCUUUUAGGGAAGAAAGUCCUUUUUCCAUUUGGCUUUCAUUGUACUGGUAUGCCUAUUAAAGCAUGUGCUGAUAAGUUAAAGAGAGAAAUGGAAUUAUAUGGAUAUCCACCACAAUUUCCAAACGAAAAGAGAAUUGAGGAAGUUAUAGAAGAUGUAAUAAUAAAAGAUAAAAGCAAAGGAACAAAAAGUAAAGCAGUUGCAAAAAAUGUUACUGCAAAAUAUCAAUGGCAAAUUAUGCAAACACUUGGCUUAAAAGAUGAGGAUAUCAAGAAAUUUGCUGAUGCUACAUAUUGGUUAGACUAUUUUCCACCUCUUGCUGUGAAAGAUCUAAAAUCAAUUGGUCUACAUGUGGAUUGGCGCAGAACAUUUAUUACAACUGAUGCAAAUCCAUUCUUUGAUUCAUUUGUGCGUUGGCAAUUUCAACAUCUAAAAGCUAGAAACAAAAUAAAAUAUGGCAAAAGAUAUUCGAUUUAUUCACCAAAAGAUGGACAACCUUGUAUGGAUCACGACAGAUCAAUUGGAGAAGGUGUAGGACCACAAGAAUAUACACUAAUUAAAAUGAAACUACGAGAACCUUAUCCUCCAAGUUUAAAAUCUCUUUCUGGCAAAUCAGUUUAUUUAGUAGCUGGAACUUUAAGACCAGAAACAAUGUAUGGUCAAACAAAUUGCUGGGUUCAUCCAGAUAUAAAUUACAUUGCUUAUACACUAUUGAAUGGAGAUGUUUAUAUUUCAACAAAAAGAGCAGCUCGAAAUAUGGCUUACCAAGAUUUCUUUAAAGAGGAGGGGAAGAUACAAAUUGCAUUAGAACUUACUGGAAAAGACAUAUUAGGACUACCACUAGAAGCACCUCUUACAUUUAAUAAAGUGAUUUACACAUUACCAAUGUUAACUAUUAAAGAAAACAAAGGUACUGGAAUUGUUACCUCUGUACCUAGCGAUUCUCCUGAUGAUUAUGCAGCUUUAACGGAUCUAAAAAAGAAACAAGCUCUUAGAGAGAAAUAUGGUAUAACUGAUGAAAUGGUGCUGCCUUAUGAUCCUAUAUCUAUUCUCGAAAUACCCGAAUUCGGGAAUUUAUCUGCGGUAUUUUUAUACAAUAAGCUAAAAAUCCAAUCUCAAAAUGACACAGCUAAACUAUUAGAAGCCAAAGAAAUGGUAUAUCUGAAAGGAUUUUAUGAUGGUAUAUUGCUAGUUGGUCCAUAUAAAGGAAAAAAAGUUCAAGAAGUUAAAAAGCUAAUACAAAAAGAAUUGAUAAAUGAAGGAAAAGCAGUUAUAUAUUAUGAACCUGAAAAAACUAUAAUCUCCCGAUCAAAUGAUGAGUGUGUAGUAGCUUUAUGUAACCAAUGGUAUUUGGAUUAUGGUGAAGAAACUUGGAGAAACGAAGCAAUGGAAGCUUUAAAUAAUCUCAAUACCUUCCAUGAAGAAGUGAGGAAGAAUUUUAUAGCCUGUCUUAAUUGGUUACAUGAAUAUGCAUGUUCAAGAACUUACGGACUUGGUACUAGAUUACCAUGGGAUGAAAGUUGGUUGAUAGAAUCACUCUCAGACUCAACAAUAUACAUGGCUUAUUAUACCGUGGCACAUUUAUUACAAGGAGGGACUUUCAAAGGCGACAAACCAAAUACUUACAAUAUAAAGGCUAAUGAAAUGACAUCCGAAGUAUGGGAUUAUAUAUUUUUCAAAGAUGUAAAGUUUCCGAAAACAGAUAUAAAGAAAGAGGCAUUAGAUCAUAUGCGACGUGAAUUUCAUUAUUGGUAUCCAGUAGAUUUACGAGUAUCUGGGAAAGAUUUAGUACAAAAUCAUCUAACGUUCUUCAUUUAUAAUCAUAUUGCAAUCUGGCCUAAACAAUCUGAGUUAUGGCCAAAAGGUAUCAGAGCAAAUGGUCAUCUCCUCUUAAAUUCAGCAAAGAUGUCUAAAUCAGAGGGUAACUUCUUGACACUUACUGAAGCUGUAGAGAAGUUUUCUGCAGAUGGUAUGCGACUUUGUCUAGCCGAUGCUGGCGAUUCAGUAGAAGAUGCUAAUUUCGUAGAAAACAUGGCUGAUGCUGGAAUUCUUAGAUUAUAUAAUUUUAUUGAAUGGGUUAAAGAAGUAUUGGAUUUAAAAGAUACCUAUAAACAAAGACAAUCAUCUACAUUUAAUGACAAAGUUUUCGAAAGUGAAAUGAACCUGAAGAUACAAGAAACUGGAGAAAAUUAUUCGAAAAUGUUAUACAAAGAAGCACUAAGAACAGGAUUCUUUGAAUUACAAGCAGCAAGAGAUAAAUAUUUACAAUUGAGUUCUCUAGAUGGCAUUAGUUGGACAUUAAUUAUGAAAUUCAUAGAACUUCAAAUUAUUCUCUUGUCUCCAAUUUGUCCACAUGUAGCAGAACAUGUGUGGUCUCUAAUUGGUAAAGAAGGUAGUAUAUUAAAUGCCAAAUGGCCCCAAGUAGGCGAAAUAGAUGAAGUUCUUAUAAAAUCAUCACAAUAUCUUAUGGACGCUGCACAUUCAUUUAGGAUUCUCUUAAAAAAUUAUUUAAUGCCAAAGAAAGCAGCUAAGAGAAAAAAUGAAACAUCAGUUAUAGAGAAACCUAAUCAAGGUACUAUUUGGGUAGCUAAAACGUAUCCUCCUUGGCAAAGUACUAUUUUAUCUACAAUGAAAGACUUAUAUCUUAAAAAUGACAAUAAACUACCAGAAAAUAAAAUUAUUGCAACAGAAUUGGGAAAACUACAGGAAUUAAAAAAACAUACGAAACGGAUAAUGCCAUUUGUACAAGUUAUGAAAGAGAAAAUGCAACUUGUCGGAUUAAGUGCAUUGAAUUUAACGUUAGAUUUUGACGAGUUUAAGAUUCUCCAAGAUAACAAAAAAUAUCUUCAAAAUACAUUAGAUCUAGAGGAUAUCAUGAUAAAGUAUACGGAUGAAGCUCCAGAAAAAACGAAGGAAGAAUGUUGUCCAGGUGCACCUUACAUGAAUUUUUCUACUAAGCAAGGAGUGUCAGUAUGCAUCAUAAAUCCACAGAAGUACAGUGGUUUAUUUAGAACGGACAUUAUAAUAGCAGAUGGAGACACUAUAGAGGAUAUAAUAUCACGAUUGUUAAAAGAAAACAAAAUUAUAAAGAAUCCAUCGUCAGUUUCUCUGUAUCGCUAUAAUGAUCCUCUCAUGGGACCGAGGAUAAAGACUAGGACCGGUAAUAUAUUAAAAGGUAAAACUCAUAUUCCACCCAAUUGUGUAUUUAAUGUUGAUAUAGAAAACAAAAAUGUAAAUGUAAAUGUAGAAGGAAGUUUAUAUUAUAUAGGUAAUGAAUUGGUCUAUAUUUUCCAGUCUUUGGAGAAUUAAUAUAUAGAUAUUCACAUUACGUAUAACUGUUUGUAAUAAUGUCAAUAUUGUGAAACGUUCAAUAUUGAAGUAUGUAUUUGUUUUGUUUAAAUAUUUUUUCAUACAUGAAAUGUGAAUUUUUUUAAUAUGAUAUAAAUAAUAUAUAAUUUAUAUUAAUAAAUUGAAUGUAUUUUGAUAGAUAAGGAACUUAUACUGUUCUGUAAUCAAUUUUUUACAUGUUUAAUAAAUAGUUAUGGAAUCUUUUGA